AUGGAUGUCAAAUCGCUACCAGAUUUCCGAUUCUUUCCGUAUCGAGUCAAAUAUCCACAUGUCGAGUCUCAAGAACUAUUGCCAACAGAUAAUCCUAUCACACUCAACACUUCGUCCUCAUGGACUUAUUGCGGACCCCUCUUGACCCUCGAAUCAUGUACCCUGCCAUCCUCUUUUAACACCUGGGCGGAAGCCACAGUCAGCGGCUCAAUAAUGCCCUCUUUAUUCUCCUUCUUAGCAUACGUCCACGACUUCUUGACUAAAAACAACCAAUCCCACUACUGGCUCACAAUCAGAGCAAGCAAAGGCUCGGACGAAUUCGACACCCCGCGCUGGCACACAGAUGAUUUAUUCUUCUCUCCCCUUCAACCACCAAUAAACCACGCAAGGCGUCAAUCACUCUUCUCACCAAUCACUAAUCUACUCAAAUCCACCUGGACAGGACCGAAAAGCCAAGAGCUCGCAACCCAAAGCUCACCAUCUCACCCCGAAACCAAGCAGUUUCACCACCCGCCUACAACUCCAUCUGCCCAAAUCCCCUCUACAAGCUCGAACCCAACAAACUGGAAACUCACAACCACCCUCCUAGGCCCAGGAACCCUGUUCAUUCCAACCGCCAUAAACAGCCUAGCGCGCGCCACACAACACGCCGCCAAAACCGCCGCCCGCGCCGCGGACCCGGACCACAUAUGCGUCUCCGUGCGCUGUGUUGGCUGCGCCAUGGCGGCGGAGUCGGUGCGAGCACAGCUAGCCGUUGAGCUGGGCGGACAUAGUAUUGUUCAGGCAUCAGCGGGGGAGUGUGUUUUCUUCCGAGUUGGCGAGGACGAGGGCGCGAUGCAUUCUGAGCCGCGAUCGCAUGGAGAUCGGGUUUUUGUUAAUGUUGUCCCUAGCCAUGAGGCGGAUCUUAGGGCGCUUAUGGCAAAAUGGGGGAUGGAAUAUCCGCGCGCUUGGUGUGUCGGGCUGCCAUUGGUUAUUGGGAAGGGGGAGGAGUGUUUGAGGGAUGUUGGGUAUGAGAUUUGA